CGUUCUCGUCUGUCUUCCCCUUCGCGUGCCCUCGCCGAGGCGAACCAACCAAUCCGACCCAAUCCCCCAAGCGCCGCCGCCCAUGGCCGCCCGGCGCGGCCCCCACGUCAUCAAGCUGCACGACCCCAACCCGCCCCUCCUCGGCCGCGCGCCGGGGGCGGCAGCCGCUGCGCCCUUGCGCGACGAGGGCCCCUCCCACGCCGUCCUCGCGCACCACCCGCGCGCGGCCGCGACCGCCUCCGCGCACCCUGCCUUCGCGGCGAUCGAGGAGCGCCUCGUCGCCCGGGACCAGGACAUCCAGGAGCUCCUCGUCGACAACCAGCGGUUCGCCGCCACGCACGUCGCGCUCCAGCAGCAGCUCAUCGCGGCGCAGCACGAGCUCCGGGCGGUCCACGUCGCCUCCACCAGGGCCCGCGCCGAGCGGGAGGGCGAGGUGCGCGCGCUGGCCGACCAGGCCGUGCACAUAGAGGCCGAAGCGCGGGUCGUGGCCGCGGCGCGCGAGGAGGUCGACCGGGUCCACGCCGACAUCCAGGUGCUCGCUGCGGCGCGCGCCGAGCUCGUGGACAGGCUGCAGGGCCUACGAGAGCAGCUCGCGCGCAUGCAGGCCGAGGCCGGUAAGACCGAGGCUGUCCGUGCCCAGAUUGAAACCAUGCGCCGGGAGAUCCAGAAGGGCAGAGCUGCGGUUGACUUUGAAAAGAAGGCACAUGCUGAUAACCUUGAACAAAGUAAAACGAUGGAGAAAAACAUGAUCGCUGUGGCUAGUGAGAUUGAGAAGCUUCGAGGAGACCUUGUAAAUGCUGAAAAGUGGGCCACUGCCAUCACCCCAGCAGCAGCUGUUGCUAACCCUGGGUAUGCUGCAACUUAUGGCAAUUCUGAGGCAACAUAUACUGCAACAUAUGGCAAUCCUGAGGCAACAUAUGCUGCACAAUCUUAUCCUGAUGCUUAUAGAACUAAUCAGGCUCAGAUGCACACUGAUGGCAAUUCUCAUUACAUGACUCAACCUGUUCCCUAUGCACAGUACGAGAGCCAGCACACCAAUGCUCAAAGAUGACUGGCGACUCGAGAUGGAUUUGACUUGCUUGCCGUUUCCGGCUUGGUAAAUGUAAAAGGAUGGUUUUAGAGUGCGCCAAACUAAGCAUGUUAGAGAUAUUCAUUCCAUGGAAGAGCUGGGUAUCCUCUUGUUCAUUCUUUUUGGGUCCGGAAUGAAUGUAUGAGUCGGAAGUUUGAAGCCUGAUGAUUCACCAGUUAGUUCCGUUGCAUGCAAAUCGAUGCUCUGGUUCAGGGAUGCUGAUGACGUACACAUGUAGCGGUACAUGUAAUAGAUAGGGUCGUGUUAAUUUUCAGUCAUAUGAAGAUAACAUUUCGAUGC